UCACUCACGCGUUAUUGACACGGCAUUAUUUCAAUUUUUUUUCUCUCUCUUCUUUCUUCUCUCCCUCUUCUCGCGCCCUCCUCCGACGCCGCACCGCCCGCAACAACCGCCAGUUCUGACUAAGACCGAGAUCGAGAUAGAGACAAAGAGCUGGAACUGGAAGUCGUCAAAGAGCAGUAUCUCUUCUCUAAUAUUUUCGUAUUGGAUUUGUAUCUGUUUGAGCUGCGUUUCAGAUCUUCGAGGGUUUGUUUUUUGCAAAACAAUAAUCAAAGAGCUGGGGUCCUUAAUUUGCUUUGCUCUCACAUCUUCCAGCGAUUCAAAACAAUAAUCAGGAGUUUUACUGGGGAAUCUUGGGAGGGAUUUGUUUUCUUUAGACUGAAUCGAUCAGGAGUUUCACUUCUUUACUUGAAAUCAAUGAAUACCAGCAGCCCCGCCCAUGCAACCGCCACCGCUGCCGCCACAUCGUCUUCCUCUCGGCGUUCAAACCGCUGGAAGUACGAGGUGUUCCUGAGCUUUAGAGGCGAGGACACACGCACUGGGUUCACAGACCACCUCUUCAUUGCGUUAGACAGUGCCGGAAUCAGCAAGUUUAUAGAUUACGAGCUCAAAAAGGGGGAGAAUAUACAGAGAGAACUUGACCGAGCAAUCGAAGGGUCGAGGAUCGCGGUCGUCGUCUUCUCAAAGAGUUACGCGGAGUCCCGAUGGUGCUUGAGGGAGCUGUCGAAGAUCAUGAGAGAGGGGAAAGUAGUCUAUCCUAUAUUCUACGACGUUGACCCUUCUCAAGUGAGGAAUCAGAGCGGUAGUUUUGACGAAGCAUUUCGAAAGCAUGAUGGGGGUGAAGAUCCAAAUGAGGUGGAGCAGUGGAGAAGGGACCUUAAGGCUUGUGCGGAUUUGGGUGGCCGGAGUCUUAAAACCACGGCGGACGGGCGUGAAGGAUUGUUUAUCCAGAAUGUUGUUGGGGACAUCAUCGCACUAACAAAAACCAGAGACUUACAGACAAGUCAGUCGAGCACUCGGUUGGAAUACCUCGUUGCGUGGGCAAGAGUUCCUAGUACUGUUUUUUUUUUUUUUUUUGAAAUACCCCCCCUAUUUAUAACCGAGGAGGGAAGGAGAGAUGUCGGUAACUUCUUUCCCAUAGCCUAGUCAGCACUUUUUCUUUUCUUUUUUUAUCUUUUUUCUCCUUUUGGGUAUAAAAGAAAGAUUACUCUUUUUCACCCACCCCACUCUCUCCUCUCCCCUCUCUCUCUCCCUCACCUAUUACUUUUUUUCUUUGAUUCACCCACUUUCUCCUCUCCCCCGUCUCUCGUCGCCCCCUCUUUUCCCUCUCUCUUUCCUUUCUCUGCUUCUCUCUCUCUAACCAUAAGAGUUACAAGCAUUUGAAGAAAGAAUAAUAAGAAGAAGAGGACCCAGAUGAUCCAGUUCUCAUAUUCUUCAAGGUCUCGCACUUCAACCCAAGACGCGAAGACAAUCUCUCUCCAGCCGAUGCCCACGAUUUUGAGUAUGGAGUUUCUUCGCCUUAGAAAAUCCAACAUUGGGCGCUGAAGGAUCAUAGUAGUUGGAUGGUUGCAUCCAACAAAAAUCAACUUAUUGUAAUUAUAUUUAACAAUGAAUAACUGUGGGUUUUAUCCCAAUGUAUGUAAACUUGUGUGAUUUGGAAUGUCUUAGCUGUCAUAGCAGUGAUGAAUUGUGUGCUACAGUUUGGUUCUGCAGCGGGUUAUGUCAUUGAUACAUGUUAAAAAAAAUUAUGACUCAAUAUGAUUCGUUAUGAAAGUUUACCAAAA